AUUUUAUUUAACGUCACAUUUAUACACAUUAUUAGGAACGUUAGAAAUCUUCAAAAUUCCAAUUCAUUCAUCUUAAAUGGCUAACUUGGAGAAAAAGCUGCUGCACGUUUCCAAAGAAAUCGAAAGUCAGAUUGAUCAGGCAAUAGAAAAAAUAAACAAUUUGGAUACUGGCGAUUUGGAACAACUAAGAAAGGCGCGUUUAAUCGAGCUGAAAAAGUUGGAGGACAAGAAACGUGAAUGGUUAUUAAACGGACACGGGAAAUAUGAGGAAAUGCUGGAGGAGAAGCGUUUCUUUGACGUUAUCAAAAAGUCCGAGAACGUAGUGUUACAUUUUUACAGGACCAAUUCGCCGCGAUGCGAAAUCGUGGACAAACACUUGAGAAUUCUGGCCGGAAAACACGUCGAGACAUUGUUCACGAAACUGAACGCCGAAAAGGCCCCAUUCCUGGCCGACAACCUGAACAUCGUCAUCAUACCGACAAUAGUACUGAUAAAGGGGAGCACAAUUGUCGAUAGGAUCGUCGGUUUCACGCAAUUAGGCAACCGCGACGAUUUCACCACCGAAAUGAUGGAGUGGCGCAUCGCCCAGGGCGAGGUGAUUAGCUACGAGGGCGACAAGGCCGUGCCGCCCCAGCACCAACAAGGAACGAAGGAAAACUACGGCUUCAAGAAAAUCAGGGACAGCUACUACAACAGGGAUGACGACGAUGUCGAUUUGGAGGAUGCAACGUUUUCUAGUCAAGAUCACCAGCCGAAAAUCAAGAGCGAGCACCUGUCCCCCGAACUCACCCCGGAGGAGGCGGCUGAGCUGGGACUGCAUGAAUGAAUGGUCCUUUAAUUAUUUUUAUGCAAAAUUUUACUUGUGUCUACAAACUGUAACAUCGGAAGAGAAGAAUAGUUCUUUCAAAUUUAUGUCUGGAGACGCAUUCGCCAUUUAUGAAACCGAUAAUAUCGUGUGUCAGUAAACAACACAUUGUCCGAAUAAUUCUUUAAAAUUUAUGUUCAACAGUUAAUUAAUAUACAAUACGAAUACUUUUAGUUUUGUUGCCGUUAA